UGAAAGAGAUACAUAUGGUAUAUGAAAUAUAUAGAACUGCUACAAGACUUCAUCUUAAAGAAAAUCUCACAAAGUUCUCUUUCCUCUCUUGACCAGUGUGUAACUCUCCACAUCCUAUUUGAAACAUGACUGUAACCAGUAUGAGCACUGAAAUGUGUGAAAUGGCCAAACAACUGCACAACACAACCACACUGCUGUGUUGUGUCUCAAUUGAUCGUUGUCUUUUUCAUAUUGGUUGUCUAGUGACAAUUUUCCAUCAAUUUCUCCAUCUGUAAGAAAAACUAGAACCCCUUUCAAAUCUUUUCCUAAUGACACCCAACGAGCAGAGCCUCUUGUGAUCGUUGUGUGCAUAGUUUGUUUAAACUAUGAGCCAGGUGCACCUGCAACCACAGACUUUGGCUGAAGAGGAAAAGCAUGUGCUGCAAGUGUACGUUCGAGUAACGUUGGCUUGUUUGACAAAACAGAUUCAUGACAAACUAACAAGAACUUGAUAAUAGUUAUGUUUUUAGGGUCUGUAUUUUUCAUCAUCAAAUUGAAGGAUUCCGACCAAAAUCUGCUGAGAACUUUCUCCCCAGGUCCAACGAAAAACCUCUCAAGAACAAAACAAAGCUAUGGAUGAUUAUGAUUUUAACCAAUUUUACACAAACAAAGACACAAUUCAAAGACACAGUACUCUGUACUAAUCAGGCCUUCAUGUACAACAUCAGUUGCACAAAGAGCAUUAUUGGAGUGAUGCUACACAAGACUUUAAAACACCAUAUCACAUCUGUAUCACACUGAAGACAUCACUGUUGUUGUUGCUUGCUGCUCCAGUUUCCAACAACAGUUUUGACUGAUGCAUGACUGACUGGCACAUCUUUCAAAUACGCAAUCCAUGACUGUGUCACCACUGACUCACAGAGGCAAGCUAGCAAACCAGAUGGUAAUGAGCAUUGUUUGUUUGAUAGAGAGCAACAAGAUAACACUAUGCACACUUGAAGAAAUCUCUAUACUAAUUCCAGGAUGUGAAUGUGAUGGUGAUUCUAGGUUUUGGCUUCUUAUGCACUUUUUUAGUGCGGUAUGGCUUCAGUGGCACAGGGUUCAACCUCCUUGUGGCUGUCAUGGCCACCCAGUUGGCAAUUAUACUCAACGGCAUUGAGUCCUGGUAUUACAGAGGGAAGAUCAGGCUAGAUUUGAAAAGCUUGGUGGUUGCUGAGAUGUGUGCAUCUUCUGCACUCAUUGCAAUUGGAACUGUGGUGGGGAAGACCAACCCUGUCCACCUCAUCCUCAUUGCCCUGCUGGAGGUGUCAGGGUUUGUCCUGAAUCAAUGGCUCCUCCAGACUCUGCUGAAGGUCCGGCUUCUGAACAGCAUCAUGCUGCUUCACAUCUUUGGGGCCUUAUUUGGGCUCACGCUGACGUGGAUCCUGUAUCGGAAAGGAUCAGAACAGCAAUUUGAGAAAGAGACAUUUGACCGCAAAACAGGAUUAUUCUCCAUGUUAGGGGCCGUGUUUCUGUGGAUGUUUUGGCCCAGUUUUAACGCAAUCCUUGUGGAUGACCGUAUUCCUGGGAGGAAGCUGGGGGCAGUGUGCAACACCUACCUGGCCCUGGCUGUUAGUGCUGUAACAGCAGCUGCUGUGUCUGUGCUCACCAGUCCCAAGGGAAAACUAAACCCAAUCCAUAUGCAGUCUUGUAUCCUUGCUGGCGGUGUUGCUGUCGGGGUUUCCAUAUCAGCGGUUCAUCAACCGUGGCAGGCCAUGACAAUCGGAUUCACUGCCGCUGUUGUAUCAACCAUUGGAUUCCGAUACCUCAAGAUCCACAUGCUGCUCGCGUUUCAGUGCCAUGACACCUGUGCUGUUCUGAGCACAUAUGGGCUCCCUGGUCUACUGGGAUGGCUGGCACAUCUCAUCCUGCAGCUUAUAGACUCUGAUGACCACAGAAUGGCAAUCAGGUUUGCUGUGUUUCACAUUUCUGCUCUCCUCAUCACCAUAAGUCUGAGUCUGUUGACGGGAAUCAUUACUGGGCUGCUGCUGAAGUGGAACUUCUGGAGACCCCCUCAAGACAACAAAUGUUUUGAUGAUCAGGCUUUCUGGGAGUUUCCCCAUCUUGUAGUGCGCAAGUAAGAAGAUGGAAAAAGAAGCAGACCAAGUCUGAUCCUGGAAGUACAAACCUUUUUUUGCAUUCAUUCAUGUCAGUGUAUAUAAUUUCAUACAACAUAUUACAUUCCAUACGAUACAUUUAUAUCAUGUAUAUGCAAAGUAGUUAUUAGAUGUUUUUAUGUGUGCAAGACUGGGACAAAAAGCAAGGUUGAGAUGUGGAGGAAUAUAAGACUCAUUUACUGCUCCGUUUGUUUCUGUUUAAUGCUGCCAUGGAUGUUACACGAGCAAAUUGAUGUGUUGCAGUCAAACACAUCUCCAGUACAUAAAUAACACCCUGCAGUUGUGAAACCUUUGUUGAUUUUAGGUCAGCAGUGUAAGCUAAUUAACCUUUAACAAUAAAUCCGGAUCACUGCAACAUUUUAAA